CCGUCCCGGAUCCUUUGCCGCAGCGUCAGCGCCGCCGCCGCCUCUUUUCCUCAUCAUCCGCCUCCUCGGCCUCUGCCUCCUCUUCCUCCUCCGCCCCCUCCUCCUCCGCCUCCGCCGCCUCCCCCGACGCGGCGCCCGGAGCCCGUGCCCAGCCCCCGGCCGCGCGGUGCCAUGCUGCCCCGGCGGCGGCGCUGAAGGAUGGCGACGCCUGUCCCUCCGCCCUCCCCGCGGCACCUGCGGCUGCUGCGGCUGCUGCUCUCUGGCCUCGUCCUCGGCGCGGCCUUGCGCGGUGCGGCCGCCCGCCGCCCGGAUGCAGCCGUCUGUCCUGGGAGCCUGGACUGUGCCCUGAAGAGGCGGGCGCGGUGCCCCCCGGGUGCACGUGUCUGUGGGCCCUGCCUUCAGUCCUUCCAGGAGGACCAGCAGGGGCUCUGUGUGCCCAGGAUGCGCCAGCCCCAGGGGGAGGGCUUGCCCCAGCCCAGACUGGAAGAGGAGAUCGACUUCCUGGCCCAGGAGCUAGCCCGGCAGGAGGCGGGGCACUCCAGGCUCACGGCCCCACCCCAGCCUGAGGGGCGACUGCGGCUCCUGGAGGCUGCAUCCACCCUGGGGCUCUCAGAGCGUGGCCGGGGCCCCAACCUGGGCGUCCCCUCCACGCGGGGAGCGCCCACGCCCCGCACCUCCUCCCUGCGCUCCACUGUGUCAUCUGGGCCUGUGCACAUGUCCCCGCUGGAGCCGCGGGGCGGGCGCGGUGACGGCCUUGCCCUCCUGCUGAUCGUGGCGUGCUCCGUGGCCGGCGCGGCCGCCCUUGCCGUGGCCGUUCUCUGCUGGUGUCGGCUGCAGCGAGACGUUCGCCUGACCCAGAAGGCCGACUAUGCGGCCCCGCAGGCGCCCAGCUCCCCAGCCACGCCCAGGAUCUCGCCCGGGGACCAGCGGCUGGCGCACAGCGCGGAGAUGUACCACUACCAGCACCAGAGGCAGCAGAUGCGGUGCCUGGAGCGGCAUAAGGAGCCCCCCAAGGAGUUGGACUCCGCCUCCUCCGACGAGGAGAACGAAGACGGCGACUUCACGGUGUACGAGUGCCCCGGCCUGGCCCCGACUGGAGAGAUGGAGGUGCGGAACCCACUGUUCGACCACGCCUCGCUGUCCGCGCCCCCGCUGCAGUGACCCGAAGGCUGAUGCCCACCCUCUCGUGGAUGCGCGGCCCACAGGUGGGGAGGGGCAGGCCCCAGCCUUUGCCAUUAAAGAGACUGUGUCCUGACACGCGUGUGCUUGCGGCUGGGGUCCCGGGGCGGCUGGGAAGCCCUUGCCGGGGAGACUCCCCCUGCUGCCAGGGACCUUCUCUGCUCCUUGCACCUGCCCCCUCACAUCUGGACACCCCCAGUCGAGGGGAGGAAGACAACCCGAGAGACAAGGCCUGGAUUGGGAGUCCGGGAGACAAGCCAAUUAAAGUACAUUUCAAAACUUUG